GUUAGUCGGAAAGUGGGGAUCUGUUUGUGAUAAAGAUCAACUGAUAAAGUGAUAUAUAAAAUGUAGUACAUCGUGAUCGAAUUCCCAUUCCGUCUAUAAUGUGUUAGAAAGAGGCACGAAGAACUUCAGCACGAAACCGUAUUUCCUCCUGGUGGCAUCGUCGUGUUUCAUCGUUAUCUCUUCCGUGAAAGAAGAUAUAAGAAAGAUGGACAAAUCGUGCAUCAAAUGUUGGCCACAAUACUUAGCAGCGAUUACAGCCACCUUGUCGAUGGCGAUUUCGGGUUGCCACAUCGGUUGGACAUCACCGACCUUACCGAAAUUGAAAUUACCGGAUUCUCCCUUGCCACUAACAUCAGACGAUGCUUCGUGGAUCGCCUCUUUUGUUCUCUUCGGUUCAGUACCUGGCUGUGCUAUCUCAGCAUUCAUAGUAAAUUGGUGUGGUCGUAAAACAAGCUUAAUAAUAUCCGGCGUACCAUUAUCGAUAAGCUGGAUACUAAUAAUUUUUGCAUGGAGCCCAUACGUCCUUUACAUCGCCAGAUUCAUCGGCGGCGUCGGCCUCGGGAUGGCAUACGUCGUUUGCCCGAUGUACAUCGGCGAAAUAGCCGACAAAGAGAUCCGAGGAUCCCUGGGUUCUUUCAUCAAAUUAAUGGUGACAUUCGGCGAGUUGUACGCCCAUGUGAUCGGACCAUUCGUCUCCUACGAAUGGUUGGCUUACAGCUGCGCCGUAAUUCCGGUAAUAUUUUUCUUAACGUUCAGCUGGAUGCCCGAAUCGCCGUACUAUCUAUUGAUGAAGAACCGCGAGGAUAAGGCUAUGCAUAGUCUGAGGUGUCUGAAGAGAUACGCGACGGAGGAUCAACUCGAGGAGGACAUGGAGCAGAUGCAGAAAACGGUGAUCCGCGAUCUGACCGAUAAAGGACAUUUCUGGGACCUCUUCAGUACUCCAGGUAACAGGAAAGCUGUAUUGAUCAGCUUUGGCCUCCAACUGGUGCUGCAAUUCAGCGGUAUAGCAGCGGUGGAAUCGUACACUCAAGAGAUUCUCGAGGAAGCCGACGAUACCGGCUUAUCUGCCGCAACAGCUGUGAUCGUCCUAAGCGUUCUUCAGCUGGUAGCCGGCGUAGGAGCUGCAGGUUUGGUCGAUGAAUUAGGAAGAAGACCGUUGCUUUUGAGCACAACGUUUCUCGCCGGAUUGUCCCUCAUCGCUGCCGGGACAUUUUAUUUCCUUAAAUUUCAGAUGGGGGUGAAUAUGACUGGUUUCGGAUGGAUUCUUCAUACAUCUGUUAUAUUUUAUGAACUUAUCAUUGCGUUAGGUUUAAAUCCACUGCCUUACAUGAUGCUUGGAGAAUUAUUUCCGACGAACGUUAAGGGGGUUGCCGUGUCUUUGGCAAAUAUAUGGGCAUCUCUGUUGGCGUUCAUCGUUUCGAAGAUGUAUCAGGUUAUUUCUGAUUCUUAUGGGGUUUAUGCUUCUUUCGGCUGGUUCGCGGCUACCUGUUUCCUUGGAAUCAUUUUUAUCGUCCUCGUGGUGCCGGAAACGAAAGGUAAAUCACUGUUAGAGAUACAGGAGGAGUUAAAUUGUACGAAGAAACGGAAGAAUGGUUUGGAGAAGAUUAAGAAUAGAGAGAUUUAUGUGAGUACUUUGGCUUGAAUUAGGAUGAAUUCUUUGUUUUAUUUUAAAUGGUGUAGAUUAUAGGUGGUCGAACAAUUGAUGACGUUAAUAACGUUAUUAACACAUUCGCUAUCAUUGAUCAAUUGAAAAUUCAUCCAUUAAUAUAAUAAUAUAAUAAUAAAAACCCAAGAAUUUGGAAAAUAUUCUGAAUGAAAUAAUGAAUCAAUUAACGCAAGUAAAUUUUAAAUUUUGUUUAAAAAGAAAUUGAUGAUAGCGAAUGUGUUAAUCAAUUAGUGUGAGUACAUUUGAAAUUUUAUUUUAAAAUUCUUCUGCAAAAAGAACAAUUGACGGUAGCUAUUUUAAAACGAAGAAUUUCAAAAUAUUAUUAAUAGAAUGUAGAUUUUUUAGUUAAACUCAUGGUUCUAAAAGUUUUGGCUUCUUUAUAGAGAAUAUUGAAAGGAAGUCUUAAAAUUAAACUUCAACAUCUGGAGGGAGUGGUAGCUGGGGUGAUUAUGAACAACUUCUUCCUGUACCAAAACGCUCGUCUGCGCACUAAGCGCGCUCUAAUUGCUCAGUUUUUUUCAUUAAUAAUUAAAAAACUAAGCAUCGAAGAGGAAUUUGGCAAAGGAAAAUGUUGAUCACAAUCACUCCAGCUACCAUCCCCGUAAAGGAUACCUACCAAUAGCCGAACAUUCUGUAUAAUUUAGACGUUCUCACAAUGGAUCUAUAAAAGGUAAAUGCAUUUACAAUAUUUACAAGAAAAUAGUGAGCUAUAGAUGCAACAAAAAUUAGGUAAAUCUCUGAAUAAUUUUUUUUUGAACGGGAUGUCGUUUACUUAUUUUGCAAAGUUUGCAUAGACUCGUGUUAAAGGUUUGAAAAAUAUUACAUUCGAACUGAUUUCGACUGAAAACUUGCCCAAGGCUGAAACGCAGAAUUUUUUAAAAGAACCAUGUUUGAAUUUUUUCUCUGCUAACAUAGAAUGUAAGUUUCUUUUAAUUUUUAAAUGAGGACCCUUAUAUUCCAAUGGGAAUUUGCUUCGGUUGAGAUUAUUAAAAGAGCUGUUAAUUAAGAUUUCAGAUGAAAGGAUGAACUUUCUUAAUAAAUUAUCUUUUUCAAGAUAGAUGAAUAAUUGUUCCAAUGAUCGAAUUUUUUAAUAAUGGAUUAUUUUACUUAUUUGGAUGAAAUCUUAAUUAACCUUAACAGCUAUAACCGAAGUAAUUAUAACGGAAGAAAAUGCGAAUUUCUGUAACCAGUGAUUUCCUAAAAUUAUUUUGACGAUCUAAAGAGAUGAUUGGAGAUCACUCGGUAUUUAAUGCGUGAGCUAAUUAGGGCCCCAUUCGUGUAAAGAGCAAACUCGCAUGACCAUCUUCUUUCCCUUUUAGGCAGGGUUAAACGUUGAGACUGAUAGAUUUUAAAUUAAUCGUAAAGUAUAUAUUUAUUUAUCACCAAAACGAUGUCACGGAAGAGAAAGAAUGCAAUCAACGUUUCUUGCGACUGUUAAUUCUUUUCCGAUGAUCGAUUUGGCGGUUAGGAACAACUUUUUAUCCCUUUGAGGCAGGGUGCAAGAAUACAACGAUUACGAUUAAACGUUAUCAAAGCGCGUCGCGUAUGAAAAUCGCGUAUAUGAAAUAAUAACGCGCACUAAUGGCCCUGAUGCAAGAAGGAUUUUCGAUGAGCACCGUAGCAUGACUAACUUUAUUCAUUCCCUUUUAGGCAGGGUGAAACGUAUUACUAUAAGAAUAGCUUCGGCGCAGAAUAUAAUUGGCCCGAUAUAACUACAUAUUUUGUUAUUAUUAACACCGUUAUCGAACCACAUCAAAACUUCGUAUAUGACGUUAGCAUACAAUAUUGCUGAUUAAUGAUAAUAUUCUUUGAGUAAUGAAAUUGAUAUUAUCAAUUUCGUAACACGAAUAGAAAUAUUAAUUGCGA